AUGAGUGCACACGCGUCCUAUUUCCCAGACCAGAUUGCAAACUACUUUGAUCGUCUGGGGCUACCUGAGGAAACCCGGAAAUAUAAUGUUAGUUGUUUGAGUCCAAACGACGCUCUGGAAUACUUGGCCCUGCUUCAGAAGCUGCAGCUCGCAGCGAUACCCUUUGAAAAUAUAUCCCUGCACUAUUCUGCACAUCGUUCGAUAUCAAUACACCCCGAAGAGGUGUUUAGGAAGAUCAUUAGCAAUGGCAAUGGUCGCGGAGGUUAUUGCAUGGAGAACAACCUGCUCUUUGGCACCCUACUGUAUUCACUCGGCUUCACCAUGUACUCUGGAGGCUGUCGGGUCCAGGGCAGCGACAGUUUGGGGGGAUGGUCGCAUAUGGUCAAUUUUGUCACCAUUGGCAACAUCAAGUACUAUGUUGAUGUGGGUUUUGGGGCCGAUGGGCCUAUCAUCCCUAUGCCGCUGGACCGCUCCGGAACAGUCCAGAAGCAUAUCAAGCCUGCAUCGGCACGGCUUGAGUGGAAGAACAUCCCGGGCAACAGAGACCCGAACCAGCGACUCUGGGUCUAUGAAUAUCGUAGAGACAACGAUAUGGAGUGGGAAAUGAAGACCAUCUUUACUGAACUCGAAUUCCUGCCCAGAGACUAUGAAGUCAUGAACUACUUCACCAGCACGAACCAGCGGACCUUUUUCACGCAAAUGGUAGUAGCUGACAAGAAGAUCUUGGGCGAAGAUGGGGAGUUGAUAGGGAAGAUGAGUCUGGCAGCCGCCUCUAUGAAGUGGCUUGUCAAUGGUAAGAAGACUAAGGAGCUCGAGUUUAAGAGCGACGCAGAGAGGCUAGAGGCGCUGGAAAAGCACUUUGGAAUGAAGUUGGGACAGGCGGAGCGCGAGGGUAUUGCAGGACUUCCGUCAGAGAUCAAGUAG